AUGGCAGUAUAUUCAGCCUUCAAAUCCUUCAUCAAUCCAAGCUUUCAAGACAGCGCAAGCUUUAUUAGAAAUUUAGUAUACCAAUUAUUCAGACGAUUUGUAAUAUGGAUUGUUUCUGCGGGCUCUGUUCCAGAGCAUGUUGCGAUCAUAAUGGACGGCAAUAGGAGAUACGCAACCAAAAGAAAAAUGAAGAAAUUGAAGGGGCAUGAAUUUGGGUAUAACAGCCUGAUGCAUACUGUGAGGGACUGUUAUGAAUUGGGGAUAAAAUACGUGACUGUUUAUGCUUUCAGUAUUGAGAAUUUCAAGCGGUCAAAGGAGGAAGUUGAGACGCUCAUGAAUUUGAUGCAGGAGAAGCUGGAGCUGCUCAUUGAAAAGGAGAGCAUGGUUAAAACUUAUGGAAUUCGUGUGCAAAUUAUGGGAGAUUUGAGCCUUUUUCCCCAGAGAGUAAGAGAAGCUGCAGACAGAGCCAUGGCUUUCUCUAGAAAUAAUGACACGGCCUUUCUAAAUAUCUGCGCUCCUUAUACUGGUACACAGGAGAUUGCCCAGGCCGUUGAAGGCGUUAUGAAGGCAGGGGAUUUAAAUGAAAAGAAGAUUAGUGCAGAGGAUAUAGAGAGGCAUCUGUAUACAUCUGAUUGUCCAGAGCCAGAGCUUUUGAUUAGGACUUCUGGGGAGACCAGGCUCAGCAACUUUCUUCUCUGGCAAACUUCCUUUUCUUUGCUCUAUGCUACUCCAAUCCUCUGGCCUGAGUUCUCCUUCAGGCACCUUGUCAGGGCUGUUUUGGAAUAUCAGAAAGCUUACCCAUUUCUACAGAAGCGAAAAGAUCAACUGCUAACGCUUGUUCCUCAUCAACAUCAUGACUAA